AACGAAAGGUUAACAUGUUUCUGAGACAAAUCCCAACGUGUAAUGAAAAGGUUUCCGAUCUGUGUAGAAUGAAUAAUAGAAAAAGUGAAGAUUAAUGCGUUGAAGAAACAUAGAAAGGUCUUCUCUUCUCUUCCUCUUCGCGCCGAAGAAAACGAGCUCUGUAUCACUUUAGGUUUCCGACCAAUUGUUGUCGUACAGGUAUAACAUGGUUGAUUACUAGGAUCUUUAAUGAAAUACUCUACUAAGUUGAUCCAACCAUAAAAGUGGAUCAUAUUAUUGAUUUGAAGAUGGCCUUCAUUCUCAUCACUGCACCUCUCUUCUUUCUAUUUCUAUGGAUCAUUUCUCUUUGCAAAGUUCUCAUUCUCCCUCGCAUCCCUUUCGCCAAACAUUUCACUCACAACGGCAGAUCAUUUCGGAAGAGAAACGUCUUGUUGGUUACUGCUCAUCCGGACGACGAAUCCAUGUUCUUUACUCCAACUAUAAAUUUUCUGACUUCAAAGGGACAUAACAUUCAAAUACUAUGCUUAUCCACUGGUGGUGCAGAAGGCAAAGGCAAUAUCAGAAAACGAGAGCUUUUUCAGGCUUGUGUAGCCCUCAAGGUUCCGAUGCAGCAAGUAAAGAUUGUUGACCAUCAUGAUCUGCAGGACGGUUUUGAUAAAGUUUGGAACCAUAGCUUACUGGCAAAGAUUAUCGAGGAAGAAAUAACCAGUUGUUCAAUUGAUAUGAUUAUUACCUUUGACUGCUAUGGUGUCUCCGGCCAUUGUAAUCAUCGUGAUGUGCAUUAUGGAGUGUGCAAGCUACUGCAUGAUACUUUACAAAGGGAUAUCGAAGUUUGGGAGCUUGUUAGCACCAAUAUUUUGCGCAAAUAUAGUGGUCCUGUUGAUAUUUGGUUGUCCAUCUUUUUGGCCAUGCUGCACUCAAAUGGAACAAUGCAUUGCUUAGUCAAUGAGAAUUCUCGUAGGAGCUUUAAAGCAAUGGCCCAACACUCAAGCCAAUGGGUGUGGUUCCGCAAGCUUUUCGUGACCUUGUCCAGUUAUACUUAUAUGAACACUCUUAGAAAGGUAAGAUAAAGUUGGAAUGCUGAAGGAGUUGUGGUGUUGCUUGUGAUAUCAGCUUUCAUUUAUUGAAAUCCUGGCCCUGCUCUGUAUCUAUCAACUUCCAUCCUUCACCUGGGUUCAAAGCUUAGUACAUUGUGCAGACUGUAUACCCUGCGGCUCAAGCAGCCGUUCACUUUCCAGUGACAUGAUUGAAAGAAAUCAAUGCUAAUUUUCUUCACAAUAUCUCAUGACAUUUAGAAUUUCGCAUAGUACAUAUGUUCAUUAACAAUGGUCUGGUAUAAGUUUGUCAGAUUUUGUUUACUACGUUUUCAAUUUUUUGUUUCAUGAAGUAGCAGAACAUUCUUUACUGCCGAUGUAUUAGCAAUAUAUCCUUGAAUCCUUCGUUUUGUGACUUUUA